CACAGUUAAAAAACACACUGACACAUAUAUGUACUGUACAUAUGUAUAGCUUACAAUUGUUAUUUUUUGUUUGCCAUAAUGCAACCGUGUCACGCCUAGUCCGCCCCGAUCAGCCAGCACGCCGCACUCAGCCCAGCCACCGUCCAGUCAACAGGUUGUGAGCUAUCCAGCCAGCCAGACCCCAAAUCGAUCUCCCAUUCCGGAUCAGCCAUCAAGCAGAGGCGCCAUAACAAACGCAGUCUUCCGCCCCGCCCCCCCGCAGGAGGAAGAUGCAUCUGCGACGCAACGGCCAGUCGCUGCCCCCGGCCGAGCCAGAGAGUGUGAAAGGGCAUGGAAGUGGAAGUGGAAGUGGCAGCCAGGAUGAUGGAGGCGAUGCAAAAGCGCCGGUCAGGCCGCGUCGCGGUUGCUACUUCUCGCUGGCCUUCUCCAUUGGAUCGAUGGGAUUGGCGUGCGGCAGCCUAUGGCAGAUACCGAACACCACCGACAGGAUCACACUGCAGCGUGGACUCUUUCUGACGUCCCUGGGCUUCAUUUACUUUGUAUCGCUGACGGAUUUCUGCAAUAAAUAUUUGCUGGAGACGCGGCGCGGUCAGGAGUUUCGACGCAAGUAUCGCCUCAUGAUGUCCGAUGUCCUGGAAAUUACCAACAAAAUCGUUUCGGCCAUUCAGGCAUCAUUCUCCUUUCUGGUGGGUCUCAUUGUCUGCAAAUCGACCUGCACGAAAUCCUUCGUUUAUGCCUCGCACUUUCUGAUGGAGGCCUACGGCUGGUUCGGCACGGCAUACUUUAUGUAUGACAUUUGGUCCAUGUACAAGGUGCACACCCAGAAGAUAGCCGACAAGCUGCAUCUGUUGCGUCUGACCAAGGGCCAGGCACAGGGCCAUGGAACAUCGUCGAUUGUUAAUGGUCAUGUGAGGAGCAAUUGCGAGGCAGGAGCCAAUGGUCGUGCGUCCGCGGGUGGCAACAACAAUGGCAGCACACCGGGCACGCCGCACGAGAUCUGUGACUAUGAUGGGGCCUGUGUGCAGAUACCCAAAGACGGCCGCUGGGAUUUUCUCAAGUAUGUGCUGACCCAUCCGGUAAUGAUGAUCCAUCAUGUGUUUAUCGGCACCUUUGGCCUGUUGGUCGUCACGUACAUUCGUGGCGGUGGGCAUUGCAUCUACAGCUACAUGUUCAUGAUGGAGUUCUCGACACCGUUUGUGUCGCUGCGCAGCAUACUGAGCACGAUGCGGCUGAAGGAGUCGCGUGUGUACAUCGCCAAUGGGCUGCUCAUGCUGGCCACAUUCUUUGUCUGCCGCGUCUGCAUGUGGCCGUAUGUGAUGUGGCGCUACAGCCUGGCCAUUGAGGCGGCCAGCCUGUGGGCGGCCAUGAGCGGAUUGCCGCGAGGCUGUCUGGUCAGCAUUGCCAUACUCUUCUUGCCGCAGCUCUAUUGGUUCUACCUGAUGGUAUUAGGGGCACUCAAGGUGUUUCUGCCCAAAGGGCGACCGCCUGCCACCCUCAAGAAUGGAUCAGGAGCAGCAGCAGCAGCAGCAGCAGCAGCUGUAGCAGCAGAAGUGACGGCCACAACAACUCCCACAAGUCCCAUCGCCAUAAUAAAUGGCAAGAACUAGUGCAAAUCGAGGAUUAGUUUUGUUUUUUUUUGUUAAAAGCUAAGCGCAUGGAAAUCUCUAGGCUCUAGCUCCUAGCUCCUAGCUAUUAUGUAUUUAUUUUGAGGCGCAGCUAAGUGUAUGUC